UUGAAAGGGAAGCAGGCAAGGCAAGGAAGACGGAGGACAGCGCAGCACACAGCACAGCACAGCACAGUUUUGUAGUUUUCUUUUGUCUCUCUCUCUCUCUCUCUCUCUCUCCUAUUUUUUCUCUCUCAUUCUCCACUUAUUAUUAUAAGCAAACCAACCCCCGAAAGCUUCGGUGCCUCCGGACUGCGCCCGACCCUUUUUUCUCCUUCCAUUUUGCCUCUAUUCCGCUCCUCAUUCAUUCCUCACCUCGCCGCUGCCAUGGACGUAGUCCGCCGGAGGCCGACCAAGCCCGCACCCUCCGACAAGGUGGUGGUGGAUCGCCGACCCUCAUCUCCCAAAGCCUCCGACGCCCUCCCCCUCCCACUCUACCUCACCAAUGGCAUUUUCUUCACCCUCUUCUUCUCCGUCGCCUACUUCCUCCUCCACCGCUGGCGGGACAAGAUCCGCAACUCCACCCCCCUCCACGUCCUCACGCUCUCCGAACUCGCCGCCAUCGUCUGCCUCAUCGCCUCCUUCAUCUACCUCCUCGGCUUCUUCGGCAUCGAUUUCGUCCAGUCGUUUAUAUCCAAGCCCGACGCCGACGACGACCCCCAGCGUUUCAUUCUCCACGAGGAUCGAAAUGUUCUCUGCUCCAUUCCACCGCCUUCCCCUCCCAAGCCGAAGAUCCCCCUCAACCUCUCCGACGACGAUGACGAACUCGUCGACCGCGUUGUCUCCGGCGAAAUCCCCUCCUACUCUCUUGAAUCGAAGCUUGGGGACUGCCUUAGGGCCGCGAGGAUACGCCGGGCGGCCGUUCAGCACCUGACUGGGAGGUCCUUGGAGGGGCUGCCUUUGGAGGCGUUCGAUUACGAUUCCAUUUUAGGGCAAUGCUGCGAGAUGCCGGUCGGGUAUGUGCAGAUUCCGGUGGGGAUUGCGGGGCCUUUGCUUCUCAACGGAUGCGAAUACUCCGUUCCCAUGGCGACGACGGAAGGAUGCUUGGUCGCCAGCACCAACCGUGGUUGCAAGGCCAUCCACGCCUCCGGCGGCGCCACCUGCGUCCUCCUUCGUGAUGGAAUGACCAGAGCUCCCGUCGUUAGGUUUCCCUCCGCCAAGAGGGCUUCCGAAUUGAAAUUCUUCAUCGAGGAUCCCAUCAAUUUCGAGACUCUCUCUGUUGUUUUCAACAGGUCAAGCAGAUUUGCAAGGCUUCAGAGUAUUAAAUCCGCCAUUGCUGGGAAGAAUCUGUACCUUAGAUUUACAUGCAGCACAGGUGAUGCCAUGGGGAUGAACAUGGUUUCCAAAGGCGUGCAAAACGUUUUAGAAUUCCUGCAGAACGAUUUUCCGGAUAUGGACGUAAUUGGAAUAUCGGGAAAUUACUGUUCUGAUAAGAAACCUGCCGCAGUCAAUUGGAUUGAAGGGCGAGGCAAAUCUGUCGUCUGUGAGGCUACCAUUUCCGGCGAUGUGGUGUCCAAGGUCUUAAAAACCACGGUUUCGGGCCUGGUUGAGCUCAACAUGCUCAAGAACCUCACUGGCUCGGCUAUGGCCGGUGCUCUCGGUGGCUUCAAUGCGCACGCUGCAAACAUAGUCUCGGCGAUCUUUAUAGCCACAGGGCAGGAUCCCGCGCAGAACAUUGAAAGCUCUCACUGCAUUACCAUGAUGGAGGCGGUCAAUGACGGAAAGGAUAUCCACAUCUCUGUGACUAUGCCGUCCAUAGAGGUUGGUACGGUUGGGGGUGGAACUCAAUUGGCGUCGCAAUCUGCUUGCCUGAACCUGCUCGGCGUAAAGGGCGCGAACAAAGAGUCUCCGGGAGCGAAUGCGCAGCUCCUAGGUUUGGUGGUUGCCGGCGCUGUCUUGGCGGGAGAGCUGUCGCUAAUGUCUGCCAUUUCAGCGGGACAGCUCGUGAAGAGUCACAUGAAAUACAAUCGGUCGCAGAAGAACUUCGCGAAGAACUAGCUUUCGAGCUAGAAACAUCGAGUCUCGACUCUGAUCCCGCGAGGUUUUUGCUAGCAGAAGCCGAAAGCCGAAGCAGAAGGGUUUUUUUAGAACAAGGUUAGUUCUUUGGCUGGAAUCCCUUAAAAGAUAGGUAUGUUAUGUGUAUGUAUGUGGAAAAUGGAUCAGACCCCACACUCAUGUGAAAGAUCUAAAAAAUUCUUCUUCUUGUAUUACCUGCCUGUCUGUCUGGGCCUUUUUCUUCUUCCUUUCUUACUAAUUGUGGUCCUUUGUGCAUUUUAGUGCACCUACUCUUUUAGUGUUCUUGUUGUUGUCAAUGGGGGUGGGGUGGGCGCACAAUAAAAAAAAUCUGUUUUUCUGUUUGACAUCA